AAUGAGAACUAUGAGAACCUAUUUCUUCUGUGCCAUGUUCUCGUUCAUCACCUUUCUGAACUCGGGUUCAGCAACUCUCCAAGUGGGAUUCUACCGCUCCACUUGCCCGUCUGCGGAGUCCGUCAUCCGGAAAGCUGUGAACAAAGCGGUGGCCAAGAACCCUGGCAUCGGUGCUGGGCUUAUUAGAAUGCACUUCCAUGAUUGCUUUGUUCGGGGCUGCGAUGCUUCGAUCUUGCUAGAUUCGACCCCAGGCAACCCAUCAGAGAAGGAACAUCCAGCGAACAACCCGAGCUUACGAGGUUUUGAAGUCAUUGACGAGGCAAAGGCUGAGCUAGAGUCUCUAUGCCCGCAGAAGGUCUCAUGCGCUGACAUUCUUGCAUUCGCAGCACGCGACAGUGCCUACAAACUCGGCAGCAUCAACUACGCAGUCCCAGCGGGUCGCCGCGAUGGCCUGGUCUCACUCAAAGACGAGCCCUCCCAGGAUCUUCCUCCUUUCUUCUUCAAUGCGCAACAAUUAGAAGCUAAUUUUGCGAGAAAAGGCCUCUCUCUGGACGAGAUGGUGACGCUAUCCGGUGCACAUUCGAUUGGAGUCUCGCAUUGCUCCUCCUUCUCGAACCGCUUGUACUCCUUCAAUGCCACUCACACCCAAGACCCUUCAAUGGACACCAAGUUGGCUACUCAACUGAAAUCUAAGUGUCCGAACAAUGGAGGCACUAGCGAUCCCACUGUGCCAUUGGACUUGGUCACGCCGAACAGGCUAGACAACAAGUACUACACUAAUUUGAAGAACCACCGAGGCCUAUUGACUUCUGAUCAGACUCUUUCUAACAGCCCUUCGACGGCGAAUAUCGUGAGGAGCAAUGCAAAUAAUGGCGGAGCAUGGGCUAACAAGUUCGCAGCGGCAAUGGUGAAGAUGGGAUCGAUUGACGUCCUCACCGGGAACGAGGGUGAGAUUAGGAGGAAAUGCAGGGUGGUAAACUAGAUAUGGACCAUUAGGUUUAACUUUGACUUUUCA